UUUUUCCUGCUGUUAAGUGAUGCCAAGCAGUCUGGAGUCAGUGUGUUUUUGAAACUGAAGUUGCAUAAUUGGGGUAGCAGGAGAGAUCCCGGACCCAAACACAAAUCAGACAUCAUUCUCUACAGGACCUUGUUUGUACUUGCCAUCAGCUGGACUUUUCUGGUUUAUCAUCACCAGAUCAUUCCAGAAACCACCAGAUUUCUGCAGAGUGAAACUUAGUAAAAAAAUGAACAGAACUGAAAAGAUUAUAUCCUUUGAUUGAGUGUUGCAUGUUUGGGUGUCGGCGCUCAGUUUUACUACGGCGGCUAUGGUCUAGCCGAUGCACGGGUGUCGAAGAUGGGGAUGUGGCAUCCCUGAAGCUAGCAGCUCGCUCAAUUUUCCAACGGUUGCGCUUGGAACAGUUAGAGCGGCUGUGUGAGGCCUUGAACAGCGGUGGAGCAGGAGACUCUGCAUGUGUGUUAGUGCCACGCACAGAAAUCAGAUCUGGACCCACAGCACCUGGAGGAUGGGCACAGCUCACACCACAACUACUUCUGUGUCGUCUUUUUCGCUGGCCAGACCUUCGAUACCAGCAUGAAAUCAAGAGGCUACAUUGCUGUCCAGAUUUUGCCAAGCGGGAUGGGGAUCGAGGUCUUGUUUGUGUUAACCCUUACCAUUUCAGCAGGCUUGCUGAACCAGAAACUCCACCACCACCUUACACAAAAUGCUCAAGAUCUUGCAGCCAAUGGACCGGACUGAUGGACUGGUCUGGCCCUGGAGAUGCCUGGUCUAAAGAUCCAAGCACUGAACAAUGCUCAAAUUGUUACGAAACAUCUGAUUCCAGUAUGGAAGGUUACUGGUGCAGACUGGCAUAUUGGGAACAUCGGACAAGGGUUGGAUGUCAGUUGGCAGUACAGGAGGAGGCAGUCAGUGUGUUUUGGGAUCUCCCAAGGGGGAGUGGGCUCUGUCUGUCUCCUUUAAAACCUCUAGGGAGAGGAGAACGUGGUGGAGACUCUUCAAGCCGCAGAGUCAGAAAGCGUAUUGGGCCAGGGGUGGUGCUGAGCCGUGAAGGGGGCGGAGUCUGGUUAUAUAAUCGUAGCCAGGUGCCAGUGUUUGUAGGCUCUCCUACUCUCCUGCCACCUGACUCAAGUCGGUCUGCCUGCAAGCUGCUGCCAGGUUAUUCCCUCAAGGUAUUUGAUUACCGUAGGAUCCCUUCACGACAGGCUUAUGUGAGAGAGAAGGGCCCAUGGGAUCCCCACUGCAUUCGUGUAAGCUUUGCCAAAGGAUGGGGUCCCACAUACUCAAGAAGGCUCAUCACCUCCUGCCCUUGCUGGCUAGAAAUUCUGCUAAAUAAGUAAAUCCAAAUGUUAAUUAUGGUUACUCAAGUCUAUACUGUAUACAUUUAUUUUAUAUUGAAUACUGAUGGUGAAUUAGCAAAGAAUUAUUAAUUUCUGAUAUGAACUGCAAAAAUGACAAGCUGAUAGAGUAAAAUGUUCAGUUGUGUAGAAUUGUUAAAUGUCAAAAGAAAUAAUGUAGGAUAAUGGUUUGUGACUUGUGAGGUGUAAUUUUGGAAACGGGUAUGUUGCAUUUUGUUCUUCCAAUAAAGGAAAACCGGUAAGGAGUAAGUGAGGUCCCACUUGCCAGACUUUGAGAAGGAUUAUGGUCAUUCUCACUUUACAAUGAUCCAUAAGACCUCUUCAAAACAGCUGAUAGUAGUAUGUUUUGGCCUAAAACGUCUGAAAGUUUGACAGCCACCCUCUUAAGAGACAGAAAAGGUGAGAUAAAGUGAAUGAAAUGGUAGCUCAGAAGGAAGGAAAUGAAGCACAGUGAACAGUAAAGACAAAAGUGAGAGGAUGUUCUAAUUUAUAGAAAUGCCUAAUAUAAAUGGAAGAAGCAAGGGUGAUUGUGAAGCUAAUGACCAAAAGAUUGUUAGUUUACUUAGCUAUUAAGACUUAAAUAAUCUACAAGGAUUUCUUUACCAAUUGAAGCAUGAGGUAUUUGCUAUAAUUAUGCAUUGAUUUGUUAUUGCUUACUACAAUGUUGAACCUCGGCAUUUGAAAAUCUCAGAUUAGAGGUGAAUAUUGCAAUUCAUUUUAUAGUAAAGUUAAAAUACUACAACAUGUCAACAUAUUUAUAAUUUCACUACAUUAAUUUCACUAUAGCAAAAUGUUGCUGAUAUUGUUAAUUUGGAAAUUUUCCCACACAUGAGGAGCAAAUAAUAGAAGGAAUAACUGAAAAAUAAUUGAAAACACUGAAUCAUUGGCAAUGGAAAUUAGGAGGCUAUUUUAUUAAAUGUUAGGAUACAGAAUAUUAUUAAGCUGGAGCCUUAAAACUGUUUGUGUUCUAAUACAUUUUUAUAAUAUUUAUAUUCGGUAUAUAACCAAUGUUGUACUAAAAUAUGUUUUUAUUUUAUGUUAUUCUAAGGCAUAUAUACUGAAAAAACUUUUUGUCAUUUCCUUUUCCCCUCACAGGGUGGCGCCUGAUUCACAAAUCUAAGCAUUUAAGCCUGCAAGUAGUAGGAGCUGACUUUUUUCUGACUUGAACACUUUUAUAAUAUUUCCUAUAUUAAAAAUCAUACUGGUCAUGAAUGACAAGCAAAAAUAUUGUUUGUUGUUCAUGGCAAUUCUUCUAUACUAUAAAAUGAUAUAUAAGCUGUCAUUAAUGACUAAAAGAGUUUGUAAGUAAGAGGAUGCUACUGUUCCCAACUUAUAAACUACUGCAUUGUACAAUGUACUCUGUAAUCAAUAAAAAGUAUAGAAUACAGUAUAAAAAGGUACUAUUCAUAUAACACUUCACAGUAAAUUAUCCAAAUAUAAUAAUUUUGAUUUAAUUACUCCUCCUUAUGAAUUUAAACAAAAUAAUUGUAGAGGACUAGUCUUAUUUAUGCAAAUUCUUUAUUAUUUUGUCACCAUCCCCAAAAUAAUUGGGAUCUAAAAAAUGAUGUGAUCUACUUCACACAUACUAAGUUCAAAUUCAAAUUGUACUUUAUU